CUGCUGGCCGGCGUCACCGCCACCUGUGUGGCACUCUUCGUAGUGGGCAUCGCGGGCAACCUGCUCACCAUGUUAGUCGUGUCGCGCUUUCGUGAGCUGCGCACCACCACCAACCUUUACCUGUCCAGCAUGGCCUUCUCUGACUUACUUAUCUUUCUCUGUAUGCCUCUCGACCUCGUCCGCCUCUGGCAGUACCGGCCCUGGAACUUCGGUGACCUGCUCUGCAAACUCUUCCAGUUCGUCAGCGAGAGCUGCACCUACGCCACGGUGCUCACUAUCACUGCGCUGAGCGUCGAGCGCUACUUCGCCAUCUGCUUCCCGCUGCGGGCCAAAGUGGUGGUCACCAAAGGCCGGGUGAAGCUGGUUAUCCUGAUCAUCUGGGCCGUGGCCUUCUGCAGUGCAGGGCCAAUCUUUGUGCUGGUCGGCGUGGAGCACGAGAAUGGCACCGACCCUCGAGACACCAACGAGUGCCGCGCCACUGAGUUCGCCGUGCGCUCCGGACUGCUCACUGUCAUGGUGUGGGUGUCCAGCAUCUUCUUCUUCCUGCCUGUCUUCUGCCUCACUGUGCUCUACAGUCUCAUCGGCAGGAAGCUGUGGCGCAGGAGGCGCGGCCAGGCGGCGGUGGGCGCCUCGCUCAGAGACCAGAACCACAAGCAAACCGUGAAAAUGCUGGCUGUAGUGGUGUUUGCUUUCAUCCUCUGCUGGCUGCCCUUCCAUGUAGGGCGAUACUUAUUUUCCAAGUCCUUCGAGCCUGGCUCCCUGGAGAUUGCUCAAAUCAGCCAAUACUGCAACCUCGUGUCCUUUGUCCUCUUCUACCUCAGCGCUGCCAUCAACCCCAUUCUGUAUAACAUCAUGUCCAAGAAGUACCGGGUGGCGGUGUUCAAACUUCUGGGAUUUGAACCCUUCUCCCAGAGGAAGCUCUCCACUCUGAAGGAUGAAAGUUCUCGAGCCUGGACAGAAUCUAGUAUUAAUACAUGA